CCGUUUUUCUUAUCUUUAGACUUCACUCCAAGAUGUGCAGAUAACUUAGCACGUGACGUCACACAAUUUGAUAAUAAAAAUCAAGCGUCACGCUCAUUGCCACUGGCUCUAAAAGCGAACACACCAUAUGUCUGCUGUGUAUCAAGGAAAUCUGAGACUUUUAUAUAUCUUUUGAAAUUUAUAUCCAUUCGUAUACAAUAAUAUGCAAUGCUCUCAAAACUUCGGCAAGGAAAACCGAUCGGUGCACAAGCGAGACAAGUGGUUUAUAAUGUUUACCAAUAUUUUAUUCGAAAGAAAGAUGAAUACCUCAAGCAAGGUGAUGAGAGUGCAGCGGCUAGCAUUAACGUAGCGAAGGAGACCAGCUCUGCUACUGGAGUGUCGAUUGCCUCUGUUAAUGCAUUCAAGAGUGGAAUAGAGACACAUGGAUGCCAGUCUCCAGCCCGCCAGCGCCCUAACAGGGGGCCACGCGAGUACUUCGACGAGUUUGAUCAGUGCGCGUUCAGAAGAAUGGUGCAUGCCAUGUACCUGGAAGGGAAAAAGGUCACUUUGGACACCAUUAGAGCGGCAGUUCAGGACAAGUUCGAGCAGACUAUCUCGCGCUCAACCAUACGAAAGCAGCUGUUCCAAAUAGGAUUCAAGUUCCGACAAGUGAACAACCGAAAGCUGCUGGUUGAAAAACCUCAGGUGGUGGCAGCCCGGAACGCGUUCCUGAGACGCAUUCGGAAGAUUAGAAGCUCCGACCCAGAGCGCACUAUAGUGUACUUGGACGAGACCUGGUAUAACCAGUUUGAUAUGCGAACGGUCGCGUGGUUGGACAGUGACGACGUGGCCGGCCAUAAGCCAGUGACAGGGAAGGGCAAGCGCCUAAUCAUAGUCGAUGCUGGCUCGGACAGCGGCUUCACCCCAGGAGCAUUCAUGUGUAUGAGGACGGACGGCAAGUCUGCCGACUAUCACACGUCUAUGAACGCGAGCUGUUUCGAGGACUGGUUUCGACUCCAACUUCUGCCGAACCUGCCAGCGAAUAGCGUGAUCAUUAUGGAUAACGCCUCGUAUCAUUCAAGAUGUGCUAACAAGGCACCUACAGCUAGCUGGAAGAAGGAAGCGAUCCAAGAAUGGCUGCGGGUACAUGAUGUCAAUCCUGAUCCGGACUUGCGGAAGGUCGAGCUUCUUGAGCUGGUUCGCCCUCUGAAACAGACACGCGAGUAUGUGUUGGACAAGGUGGCACAGGAGGCCGGUCAUGAAGUACUGAGGUUGCCCCCAUAUCAUUGCGACCUCAAUCCGAUUGAAAUGGUUUGGGCAAACAUGAAGACGCACGUCCGCCAGUUCAACAACACUGGGCAUCUGAAUGACGUGGAAAGGCUGCUGCUGGAUAGCCGAGACGCCGCGCCACCGGACUUGUGGCGAAACUGCUGCCGCCACGUGCGAGAACUGGAAGAGGUGUACUGGCGAGCAGAUGGAAUGAUGGAGGACAUCGAGCCAGUGAUCGUGUCACUUCAGGAUUCGAGCAGUGACGACAGUGACAGUGAAAGUGAUUGAGGGCGCAUGGGACCUACGAUGGCUUCGGUGAACCAAACAUACCCAAUAUACGAGUACGACUCCUGUGUUUCCUGUCUUUUGUAAUUUGUAUUACGAGUUACUGGUGGUAGAUUUGUAGACACUAGCGGGUAAUACGAGCAAAACAUGUCAUCACAUUGAAAUAGUAUGUAUAUUUGUUAAUUUCGAUCAAUGCUGCAUUCAUCGCUAAACACACGCUCAUAUAGCCAACUCGUGUUGGUAGCCUGCGCCGCUGAACACGCAUGUCCUGCGGGUUGCCUACCUCCACAGGCAUAAUUCAUCUCCGCCUCUCGUCACGCAGUCUAACCCGUCCACAUGAUACUUCGUGAGGAUUACAACGUCACAGUCAAUACUAUCGAAAACGCGUUCACUCGAAUGUCUGCGAUAGCGAACCACAAACCAAGUGCUUCACGACAGUCGCCAGAACUUGUUACGAGCCACACGCCGAGCUCCUUCAAGAAUUUCCUUGCAUUGGGUCCGCACUCGCAGUCGCACGCACCUGCGGUUUCAAAAAACUUCGGCUGGAACCAAGCCCUAUAGGUCUUGAACUAAAGUCACUGAUGAUGACUUGUGUCCAUUUGCAGAAUAGUUCAUUUCCAAGUGAUAUUCGCUUUUAUAGGUACCCUUUAAUUCAUCGGAUCGAUAGUUCGGUUAGCAUACCAAACUUUAUCCAACUUAAUUUUUGUAGCAGGUAGGUAUAAGUACCUACCUAUUUAUGUAAUACACAUUUGUGAGACUACAAAUCUGCACUUGCCGCACCCAAGAGCGCCACUCUCCAGGCUUCAAGGCAAUAUUUUCUGUUUCCGAAGGGCUUGAUUUUUUCUAAGCCAUGCUUUGUCUCGUGCAUAUCUUGCGAAACAUCUUGGAGUGAAGUCUAAAGAUAAGAAAAACGGACUAUAAU